AUGGCAGAUUGGGAAUCACUUCUCUUAGAAAGAGUCAAAAAAAGAGAUCAGCCAAGUAUUUCUGAUCUUUUGGGACUUUAUGCUUCUUAUACUGAGCUCAGGAAAAAGUUUGUGUCAGCUCAGCUUUGCAAGCCAAAAACUCCUCAAGACCAGAAAACAAGUGACUUAGAGAAAACAAACACUUAUAAUCAACAAAUCAAAUUCCUACAAACAAAACUCUCUCAACUUCAGGAAGAACUCACUAAUUCGUAUAGGAAUAAAUCGAACUUUGAUGAUUCUAUUAACCAACUCCACCAGAAGAUUGAGAGGCUAGAGAAUCAAAUUUCUGAAAAAGACAAAACUAUAAGCAAACUAGAAAGAACAAUUGCUCAUUUAAAGUCUAGCAGAUCAUAA